UCAGGUUGUAAGUCUUAAUAUAAAUAAGCGGGAAAAUGCAGACACAGCAGAAUUUACGUGGACGAUGGGGAUCUAAAGUUGAGUUUCUAUUUGCAUGCAUUGGAUAUGCCGUUGGACUUGGAAACAUAUGGAGAUUCCCGUAUUUAUGCUAUACCAGUGGAGGAGGUGCUUUUCUCUUCCCAUAUUUUAUCAUGCUGAUACUGUGUGGAAUUCCACUUCUCUACAUGGAGAUGGCUGUUGGACAGUUAACACGAAGAGGACCUGUUCAUGCUAUUGCUAAACUAUGCCCUAUACUGAAAGGUACAGGAAUUGCAAUGGUGAUGCUGAGUUUUCUGCUCUGUACUUACUACAAUGUGAUCAUUGCUUGGUCUCUGCAUUAUUUCUUUCAUUCAUUUUUCAACCCAUUACCAUGGACUGGUUGCAAUAAUACGUGGAACACAAUUUUCUGCUUAACAGGAGAUGAGGUGCAAAAUUUUACAUCAACAAUAUCAAAUGGUGACAGAAAUUUGACCGACUCAGAAUUAGAUUAUUAUAAUCCUGAAUAUCUUGUGAAGCACACGUCACCAUCCUACGAAUAUUUCAAUUAUAAUGUCUUGGGAAUUUCCAAUGGCAUCGAAGACAUGGGACAUAUGCAAGGAGGUCUAGUCGGAUUUCUGUUCUUAGCCUGGGCCAUCUGUUACUUCUGCCUGUGUAAGGGAGUAAGAAUUGCUGGAAAGGUGGUUCUUUUCACUGCUACAUUUCCAUAUGUCAUCCUGUUUGUUCUCCUCAUAAGAAGCGUAACAUUGCCAGGCGCCGAGAAUGGAAUACGAUAUUUUAUGAUACCACACUGGCCUGAUCUGGGAAAUCCUAGGAUAUGGCUACUUGCUGCAGCACAGGUCUUUAACUCCAUUGGAAUAGGAUUUGGUUCCUUAAUUGCAUUUUCAAGUUACAAUCGAAGAGAUAAUAAUAUUUUACACGAUACUCUUAUUAUUGCCAUCGUCAACAGUUUGACUUCGUUACUCGCAGGUUUUGUUGUUUUUUCUGCUCUUGGAGGAAUGGCUGAGAUGAUGGGGGUAGGAAUACAUGAAGUUGUUUCAGGUGGACAAGAACUUGUGUUUGUUGUUAUUCCAACAUUGUUCUCUCUUCUACCAUUAUCAAAUUUGUGGGCUGUUCUUUUCUUUUUGAUGUUGAUUUGUCUUGGAAUUGAUAGUCAGUUUGCAAUGGUAGAAGUCAUCAACACAAGCAUUAUGGAUGAACUUAAUAGAAGAUUCAAAAACUCUCGAUUCGUCAGAAAAGAGAUCGUAGCUUUGAUCGUCUGUCUUGUUUGUUUCUUGCUUGGACUUCCAAAUGUUGCUCAGGGUGGCAUGUAUUUCUUCAUAUUAAUGGACCACUACAGUGCAGUUGUGUCGUUAAUGUACGUUGCUUCGUUUGAAGUUAUGGCCAUUUGCUGGUGCUAUGGAGCAAGCAGACUUGCAAAAGAAAUCAGCUUUUUAUCAAAAUGGCGACCUCCAUAUUUCUUUCCAUUUUGCUGGCUUUUCAUUUCACCUGCAUUACUCACGAUGCUCUCCAACUUCACAUACUCAUCUCAAUCAGUUCAACUUCAAUAUGGAGACUACCUCUAUCCAAGAUGGACACAAGCUUUGGGCAGUUUCAUAGCGUUGAGCUCAACAAUAUGGAUUCUAAUAGGAAUAUUACACACAGUAUGCACCAAUGUCGGAACUUGUAAGCAGAGAUGCGGCAUGGGACUUCGGCCAACUUUCCAGCCAGUGUAUGCAUCGAUUACUAAUAAAAGAAGCGAAGGGAUAGAACCUACCAAUGACGAGCCCCCAACAAACAUUGAAAUGGUGGCCCAACCAAUUGUUGAGCAACCACUUUUGGUCGAAGCUACUGUGGAACCGACAACACAAUCAACUGCCAAUGAAGGGGAUUGCUCUUCUCCACCACCUGACUACGAGUCUGCGGCCGUACAGACUUGAGAUAUUUUGAAAAAAUUUGCGAAUCUUGAAAGUGCAAACUAAUAUGGCAUGAAGAUUGCGACAUGAAUGUUGCAUAAUGAGAGCAGUAGACAGCAGAUAUUGUUUAAAUUAAGGAAAAAUUUACACAUGUAUCAAUACUAAACAUCAUUUUUAUAUUUCUCCAAAAAAGCCUUGGCUUUUGGUAAUAUUAGGGUUUUUAAAUUUCAUAAAUUUAUGAGUGCAAACUUGCGACACUCAUGUAUCAAAACAUCAUCUUUAUAUUUCUUGAAAUUGCCUUGGUAAUAUUAUCAAUUUUGUAACUUGAGAUACUAAUGUAUCAGAACAAAACAGUGUUCCAAUUUGUCUCGAAAAUGCUUUGAUGAUGCUAACAGCAAGUUUUUGAUCUGGAUAUGGUUUUUGCUAAGUAGUCGUAAAUUCAUAAAUUUACUGUUUUUGUGUCUGUGGGGUGAUUUUUAAAGCCUUAUAUGAAAUGUUUCUGUUUGAUACUUUAGUCCACUUACAGACUUGAGAAACUGAUUUAUCAAUACUUGAACUUCACUUUUAUAUUUUUCAAAAGUGCUUCAGUAAUAUUGAGUUAUUAAAUUUCGUUUUUGUGUCUAUGGGAAGAUUUAAAAGCCAUACAUGAAUUGUCAUUCUUGCCGACCUGAGACACUAAUUUAGCAAUACUUAAAUAUCGUUUUUAAAUUUCAUAAAAUCACAGAUUUUGUGUUCGUAGUUUGAUUUUUAAACCUAUCGCCAUUCUGUUUGACACUUUAUUAGUCCACUUGCAGACUAGAGACACUAAUGGCGUUUUUAUAUUCCUUAAGAGUGCUUCCAUGAUAUUACUGAUUUUAAAAUUUCGUAUCGUUUUCCAUGGUCUUAUUUUGAUCGCUUCUUUGCUUUUUGAAGCCAAUCAUUGGCUUUCUGUUUGACAUUUCCAGCAAAUGCAUAAUUUGCUAUUAGAUGGUGGCUUUAUCGACUUUGAAUGUUUUAAAAAAAUUGGAAAAGUUUUGAAAAUGCAAAUUAUAUGGCUGUGCAGAUUGAGCUUACUUAUCGACUUACCAGUGGAUGCUUUGAAAAAUUAAUUACAAGUUUUAAGACACUAAUGUAUCAAAAUGAAAUAGAGUUUUUAUUUUUUGAAAGUCCUUUGGUAUUAUUAACAUUUUUAAAAUUUUAUAUAGUUUUGUCGAAAUUAAAACAUAGUUUCUAUAUUUUCUGUUUUAUUAAUAUCAAUUGCUUAUUGACAAUGAGACUAUAAUGACUUGAAAAAUUGAUGAAAUUUAUGAUUGCAAACUAAUAUGUGUUUUAUAUUUCUUGAAUAUGCUUUGGUAAUUUGUAUUAUUAUUGACCGAACUAUGAUACUGCAGACUAAUCUACUUGAGAUAGGUCCAAAAUUAUUGAAAUUUAAAAAUGCAAAUUUUUUAUACCGCGAACCCCUGUUUGUGAAUCUUAUUUUUUACAGAGGUCUACUUCGCAGAAGCUGAAAACAGGGUUCGCCCACAUUUACAACAACUUGUUAAGGACUCGUAACAAUUAAAAUUUGCGACUUUAUCUUGUUCACGAAUGUCUAUGCACAGUGGAUAUACACUAAAUGUAUAAAUUUAAGACUCUUAAUAUCGCUGCCGCCCCCCUGUGUAGUUCUCACGGACCCCCAAUGGCCGGCGCACCCCAGUUUGGGAAAACCUGCACUGAUGUAUCAAGAUUGAGAUAGAAAUGCAACAGUGUUUUAUAUUUCUCGAAUAUGCUUUAGUAAUUGGUGGACAU